CAAAAUUCAAAAUGGCAGCACUGGCGGUUGAGUUGAAGGCCGGCCAUCUUUAAUCCUCGCGUGUCGAUGUGAAGUGAAAGUAUCGUCGCCGAAAAAGAUGUUAAAUAUAUUUUUUAAACAAUUCGCCGUAAUUUCCGCGUGUUAAGUGUUUAAUUAGUGAUAAAACAUGGACCUGAACGAUAGCGAACUGAAUUCGAGCCAGGACGCGGAGAACGGGAACGAAAAGUCAUUGGUAGGAAAACUAAGGAAGAAUGUCUCAGAAUUCAUAAGCACCCCAUUAUCAAAAUGGUUUAAGAAACAAAAUGAUUCAACACCAGUAUCAACUAUUAGAAGAAGACAAGAAGAUUCAGAUGAAGAAGAAGAUUUACAGGAGCUGCAGCCACCAUCAAAGCGCACCAAAUUGCCCCCGACAAAGGAAUCUUUGAGCCUCAAUGUCAGUGAAUUUCUUAGUCCCAUCUCAUCAGGGAAUAAUGUGAAGAAGCCAUUGUAUAGGAAUUUUCCAGAGCCAGUGGCAGGACCUAGUGGAUAUCAGACAAGGCAAAUGUUAAAUAGUACUGCUCUGAGGGCUGACAAUAAUUUUGAAGAACAUCUUCCACAUAGCAAUCAAAGGAAUUCUACUACUGUAGGCCCUAUUGAGUCAACUCACAAGGACCAAAACUCAGACAGUGAGGAGUCUACCAGUGGAUACUCAUCAGGGAGAUUAGGUAGCAGGGAAAUAGUGAGUCAGGAAAGCUCAAAACAGACCUCACCAACAGACAACCGACAGAAAACAAGAUCACUGUUCCAGAGUACCAGUAUCAGUCAACUUUUCUCAAAUAAAACAUCAGAAUCACACAAAAAUUCCAAUUUAACUUCGCGGAUGCCUUCAUUUAAUUAUACAGCCUUUGGUUCUACCUCUUUUGAAGAUAGAACCUUAACAUCAAAAAGAAUACUCUCUUCUCCAUUUUACAAUGGACCAACAACAUAUGGAGGGGCCUCAGCUUACAAGAGAAGUAGAAUUGUUCCUCAAAAAACCCAUAGGAAAAGUGUCAACAUCAAGCCUGUAAACCUGGUAGAAAAGAAACCAGAUCAGCACCUGGGAAAUACUGCUCGAAAAAUAUUGGAUGUUUUAGAGCAAUACAGCUCUCCUGUAAGUGAUGCUAAAAAAGUCCCAGUCACUUCAAAGAAACAUAAAAGCGAAGGAAGUCUUUCAAGGUAUAUUGGGGCAAACCCCUACCUUGUCAAGGAGACCAGAAAUGCUUCGACUAGGGAAUUACAAGUCCCUAGCGUAAGCUCAUUAAUAAGGGGCAAAAAUAAACUUCAAGAAUCAACUGAAGCAGCCAGACAAGUAGCCAUGCAAAGCAAACCAAUUAGUGAAUACCAGAUUCCAGUUCACAAGGAAAAUGAGAAACACACCAACAAAAUGAAAACGAAAAUCAGCUCUGUUAGGCAAAGGUUACACGUGGACGACUAUGUAACUGAAGUCAGGUUAAAUCCAGUUAGUUUGCCUAUUAAAGACCUACCGAAAUUCGACACUCCUAUAUUCGCCCCUCCAGUAAGCACUGCGCAAAAGGUUCCAGAAGUUGCAACAAAACAUUCAGAACCUGUAGAAAAACCCCAAAAUAGUCCAAACUUAGAAUUCAAAUUUGCCGCACCGCUGGUUUUAGCAGAAUACCUGAAACCAAUUAAGGCACUGAAUAAUUUCAAGUUUAGCGAGCCCUUAGUAAAAAAACGCCGAAGCAUUCACGAUCAGGACAAAGAUGACGGUCCUAAACCAAAAAAAUACAACGGGAAUAUGAGUCAAUUAUCUAAAUCAGAACCAAUGUGGGAAUGUUCGGCAUGCUGGAUCAAAAACCAAGGCGAUCAAGUGAAAUGUAUCGCCUGUCAAACGGCUAAAUCUAAACCGAAAUUGGUUAGUGAACCGGUUUUUCCCUUGGUGCCAAAGAUGCCUGCAGCAGACACUUGGGAGUGUCCCACAUGUAUGAUAAGGAACAAACAGGAUUUGCUGAAAUGUGCUGCCUGUGAAGAAAAGAAGCCGGGAAGUGAAACGAAGUCCAGUACUGUUAAGGUGCCAGAAACUAUAAGCCAGCCUAUGGGAACGUUUUCAUGGCCAGCGGGACAGAGCGGCACUAAGGCAGCCGAGACCACUUGGGAAUGUCCUAUUUGUAUGAUCAGGAAUAAGCCAGAGGUGCAGAAAUGUGUUGCAUGUGAAGCACCCAAUCCCAAAUCCCAACCGGCUACUACGGCCCAACCGGCUGCACCCAUUCAGCCUGUUGUACCCGUUCAACCAGCCGUAACCUCAAACUUUGGUUCUCAAUUUAAAAAGAAAAGUGACGAGUGGGAAUGCGGGGUUUGCAUGAUAAGAAACAAAGCCUCGGAUAGUAAAUGUCCCUGCUGCGAAACUCCAAAUCCUUCGGCAAAAUCAUCGGGAACCUCGGAUGGGAAAGAGAAAUCGCCGCCUAAAUUUAACUUUGGCAUAGACAAAGCCGCGACGGGUAAUUUUACGUUUGGCAUUCCGCCUCAGCAACAAGACUCGACCGCUCCGAAAACGAACGCUUCUCUGAUUUUCGGGGAAAACCGUAAACAACCCGAUGACACGUCCGCUAAAACGCCUUCGUUCAGUUUUGGGGUGCCUCAAAAUAAGGAGGAUACACCAAAAGACCUCCAAAACGAGAAACCAGAGGAGCCUAAAAGUUCUUCCACAUUCAGUUUUGGGACGCCAACGAAGACCAGUGAGAAAACAACCGAGAAAAUGUUUGGUGCUGCUGAAGAAAAGAAAGCGGAAAUUGUACAGAAAACUCCGGAAACGAAAACGAGUGACGCUGCCCAGAAAACCACUCCGUUGUUCACUUUCAGUUCAACAAGUAAAAGUGAAGCAAAAGUAGAACCAACAAAAACCGUUUCUACACCCACGUUGUCGUUUGGUGCAACCAAGAAAACCAGCGAGAAAGAAGAGCAAAUCGCUAAUAAACCCACGUUUUCUUUUGGGGAAACCAAUAAGAGCAACAACGUGACGGAAACGUCAAAAAAUCCAGCACCCACGUUCAGUUUUGGUUCGCCGAAAACCGCCGAAAAAGAAAACAAACCGAGUUUCGGUUUUGGAAAAACUGAAUCGAGUGACAUCAAUAAUAAGGUGUCGACGUCCUCCGGUUUUUCGUUUGGUGCGGUCGGUGACAAGACUGACCUGAAGGCAGUCGGCGGAGAGGCGAAAGUUAAUCCGCUCCUUAAACCUGGGGAAAAGUUACCGGAGAAGGCUGUCGUGGCGCCUAUCGGGUUCAGUUUCGGCCUGCCCAAAGCUUCGGAAGUUGUUUCCUCGGCUCCCGAAGUGUCCAGCACGGAUGGUACGCCCAAUAAACGAACAAAACCGUUAGAAAGUGAGGCGGCGCCGUUAGCAAAAGUACCCAGUUUCGGCUUCAAGUCUCCAGUUACGAGAAACGGUGACGUGACCAAAAGUGAGCCGACACAAGGCGGCUUUAAGUUCACAUUUGGAAGUAAUGCGGGCCCAACUUUUGCCAGCGCGGUCAGUCAGCAGCAGGCGGAUAGUUCCAAACCCGUCGCUCCCAUGUUUAAAUCGACUGGAAUCAGCUUCUCACCCCCGAAACCAUCAAACGGCUUCAGCUUCGACGCGCCUAACGCAGCAGCAUUCGGAGCAAAACCCACAGCUACAGUGGCGAAACCGUUCACCUUCGGUGCACCCGACUCGACCACACAACAAUCCACUUUCCCCAACCAAACGGCGCCAUCUUUCUCAUUCGGUAGCAACGUGCCCGAAAACAAACCGUUCGGCAGUGAAAACAAGUCUCAGUUCUCAUUCGCCGCCGCCGCCGCCGCCCCAAAGGCGGCAGCGCCAUCCUUUAACUUCAACCAAACCACCACACCCGCCUUCAGUUUCGGCUCGAACAGUCCGCAAACGAAACCCGUGACUUUUGGUGCUGCCUCCACGACGCCCGUCGUCCCAAAUAUGUUCGGUAGUAGCAAACCGGUUGAGUCUACCGGUUUUGGGGCGACCCCGGCGGCGCAAAAUGGUAGUUUUAACUUCGGUGCGACGCCGGCGGCCAGUCAGAAGGCCGGUUUUAGUUUUGGUGCUGCGAGUGCGCCCGGCGACAAGCCGAGCGGCGGGUUUAAUUUUGGAGCUGCCGCUGCUGCUUCUGUGGCGCCACAGCCCACCGGAUCAUCUGGAGGAUUCAACUUCUCAGCUUCAGCGCCGAGUUUCGACCCAAAACCAAAUUUUAAUUUCACAGGAGGUGCUGGUCUAACCAGUUUUUCAGCGGCUCCAUCAACGGACGGAUCGGCCAUGCCCCAACGAAAGAUCAGGAAAGCCGUUCGAAGAACGGUGCGAUAGGCGUCACAAUUGUUUUAUUUUCUUUGGUAAUAUAAGUGAAAAAUUGUACAUAGAGAGAAGCGAGCGAGUAAAUACAAAAUAACUGAACCGUGAGUACUGCGUAAAGUGAGAAAAAUGAUCGUUUGCGGAACGGGAGACAGAAUGAGAUGAAAGCGUGUGUUUCUUUUAUGCUACGAUGUAGGUACACUUUUUUAGUAUACUAAACUGUGUAAUGUAUAUAAUGUGGGUUUCUUUUUUAUACGGUUGGUUAGGUAAAAGUUCAGUUUUAGCCGCCGUAUAAGAAAGAAUCCUAAAAUAGUGGUUGCAAAAAUACCAAAUAAACUAAACCAUGUGUGAAUAUGGAGAGAGGCUACAAACUUUCGGGCUUUUUUUUUUGUAAAAUAUUGUUGAAAGGAACUUAAGAAUUUUAAAUGCAUGUGCAGGGUUAGUCACCGAGUGCUCAUUAGUAUUUUAUUAUUCUAAAGGUGCUAGUUGUAUAAAUUCAACAAAUGUUACGGAGAAAAUACAUUCCUGGGUAAUUAAAAAAAUGCUAUGAAGGUACAAUUUUUAAACAAAACACCCUGCAUUUGCAGAGAGAAUAAUUCAACAUUGUAUACUUUAAUAUGAUUUGAGAUAAAUUAAGUUUUGUUCAAAAUUUGGUAUUUGCAAGUGUCUUUAUUUCGAAAUUUAGAGUCUAAAUGUUGGUCAAGUUAUUUAUGUAUCAAUGGAAUUCAUUUACAUUGUUAAAAUUUAAAUUGUCUAUUAGCAGACCUGCCAUUACUACAACAAAAGAAAAUAAACGACAAGGCAUAAUAAACAAUUAUAAGUACCUAACUAAUAACUGUUAUAUUUACGAGCAGCCUUUUAAAAUUUAUUUCAAUUUCGCCUAGAAUAUAUUUAAAAAAUUCAAGUUCUGUUGGCAUUUGCUUAGCAUCCCUACAUAUUCUUAAAAGACUGAAAAAUCUAUAAUUUGUUCUACGAUAUGAAACUUGAAAUAAUUCAGCUUUUCUUGUGCUUCUUACAGGAACAUUAAUAUAAAUAAAUAAAAGUGAGAUUGACAGAAGAACCUGCAAAUGUGUACCUUACAGCAGAAGCAAAAAAUCCAAGAAAACGAUAAAAACUGAUUAAUGUAUGCAUUUUAUUCGACAAGGUGCAAUUGAAACAGUUAUUUGAGUAUUUUUUUUUCUCACAGCAACUACUCUUUCUGUGUUAUUCCUCGAGAAUAGUCUGACUCUUGUCUUGGAAUUUGUUGAUAUGUUCCAUAAUGAAGUUCCUACUCUCGUGUAGAAUCGUCUUUGGUCUAUUAUGAUGCUAUUAUUAUCGGUCUAUCUCUGAUCUAUAGGAAAAUGAUUUUGAUGACACCUAGUUUGAGUUUAUCUUGUAAAGUUUAAAUUGGUCUAUGACUGAUUUUGAAAAUCGAAUAACGUAGUUUCAGAUACUUUCUUGUCAUUUAUGAAUUACGUGAAAGAACACAACUUUAACGAAGUAGCAUCUGUUUUUUUUUUCUUUUUGGUCCUCCAUUGUGAUACCUUUUGUUAGAAACGCCGGAGGUAGAUGCGGUCUUACCAGGAACUAAUGUUUUUGUCUUCCUUGUCGUGUAUGCAAAAUCCGAAUUUCUGCGAUUUUCUCUUGACACAUCCUUCCAAAUGUCUAUAUUUAUCUGGCUAGUAUUUCUUUUUGAUUUAUUAUAAGUUUACGAAUAUCAGUAGUUAAAAACCGAACAGUCUUGGAUUUUUCUCUCUUGUUUUCAUCCAUAAUGUAAUCAAAGUACACACACUACAACGUAAACCAUCUCUUUAUUUCAGUUGAUGAAGGACAUGGACAUCAGUCCAUGCACAGAUGGAGAUGUUUGAUUCGUAGCGAAACAUAUUUUCUAUAUAAUUUCCAAAACCUCAUUUGAAAAUUUUCUGAUACAAUGAUAAAGCAUUCAUUUGUGUUGGGAUAUUUAGGAAUAAACAUAUAGUGCAUUUAUUUAAUAUGAGCUUAGAUAGGUUCUUAUAAUCACGAUUACUGUAGUGGGAUUAAAGUCCAGUGGUUUUGAAUUUCUUUCGUGUAGAUCUUGAGCAGAAAACAAACAUCAUCGAUGAACACGAUUUUUGCUAUUAGAAUAAAAGUUGAAAAAUGCACUUUUGCAUCCCAAAAGCUAUGCUGAACUCUGGUUUAUAUUUGUAGGCAAUUAUGUGAGUCUUUGGGUUUGUCUGAACUGAAAUCCCCAGUAUUGAAGAUCAGCGUGUUACUCAAUUUUGAAGCCUUCGAUAACUUUUACUUACAUUCAUUACGGCAACUAAAAAGAACAACGUGUUUAGUCGGUAUAUAGGUUAUGAUGAGUUCUAACACUGAACGGAAUUAUGAAGAUUUUUAAAAAAAUAAGAAAAUGUGUACUUUUAGAGCCUUGGUAUCCUAAAGAGUACGCAGUAGAAUCUAAGAGUACGCAAAACAAAAUAGUGCCCAAAAAAUUAUUAUAUGUUUCUAUAUGUAGCUCUUCAAAGAAAUGUAGAAUAAUGUUCAAAACACCCAGCAGAGAUUUUAGCGUCGUUUUUGUCAGCUUUUUUUUUUCUACUACAACACCAGCUUCGCUAUUUUACUUGCACAUGACUUGCUUUCGGAAGAGGCAAGAUCAUUUUAGGUGUAACUCGUGAAACACCUGGACCGGGUUCACAUGGUUCAACCACUGUGUUAGAAGUAGUUGCUAAUUGCGGACUAGGCGUUCUAGUUUGCCUUUUUUCAACCAAUUUGCUAGUGCCAUUAUCCUCUUUAUCAGAUGAGUUAUUAAUAGGCGAACGGGUCGCUUCAAUUUCCGAUUGGUUUUCUUGAACCACCUCCAGUUGAGGUCUAUCUGUGACCUCCCAUGGCGCAAAGUCUCCAUCACUGAAAACUUCGGUAUUAUAUGGACAUAAUCCUGUGCAGCUAAAAGAUUUUUCGCAAAUUUGGAUAGUGGCUGCUUUGGAAUAGGUCGAAUGGAAAAGACCCGCCAUAUCUUUUAAUGUAAUAGCACGUCCAGGGUUGGUAACCAUCCAUUUAUCACAUUAAUUUGAAACAGCCCUUUUUGAAGGAAAGAAAAAUCCCCUAUCCAAUGAUUGAAUCUUAUGACUCGCAUGGGGCGGUAGAGUUAAUAAAGUUAUAAAAUUACUUUUCGCGAAUAAAAUGGCACUCAAUGAGCAAUGAUAUAUAUGAUUGUCCAUUAAUAAUAGCACUGGAUCUGUUUUUGGUGGCUUUACAAAGUCUCUGAAAUGUCGCAGCCAAAUCAGAAAUAACUCAUUGUUCAUGUAGCCCGAAUUUGAUAUCAUUUUUAAAGUGCCAAAAAAGUUCAUAUUUUAUUCGUUCAAAAAUAAGCUCUGGUGGGACCCAAGUAGCAGCAGCGCUCAUGCAGCACACUGCUGUUAUUAAAUGGCCUCGUUCAGCUGACACUACCUUUGACACGGUUUUCUUGCCUUUUGUAGCAUAAACUAGGAAGCUUGUUUGGCAUGGUAGAUGGCAUGGUAGAUUCGUUUAUCCAUAUUAAAAACUUUAUGUGUUAGGAAUUUUAAAUCUUCAUAAACUGUUUUUAAGUUUUUGAAAAAUCGUUUGCAUUGAACCCUAUUAAAUCCGAUUGCGCCACCCAGACUACAUUUUUCCCGAGCUCUAAGGGAUACAUUAUUUCUUAAUGCAAAGUCUUGCACCCAAUGUUUUCCCGCCAUUCGGUAUUAAAUCUAUGCUGAAUUUUGUUUACUAUGCCAUAUUGAAACGCCAUUGACCUGACGUCUUUCAUACGCAGACCUUAAAACGUUUCCACGCAUCCAAAUCUUUAUUAUGGUCAGCUAACUCCCUUUCUUGCUCUUUUGAAAAUAUGGGUUCGAACCUACCCAGACUAGAAGUAACAGUGCCCAAAAAUAAAAGCACGGUUUAUUUUUAUCUUAGAAACAUAAAAUCACUAUUACUGUUCGCAAUGUUUUUCGUAAUGUGCACUCAUUUACAUCAACUGAUCUUUUACUCUCUCCUUUUGAAAUACGAUCUCUCGCCCCAUCACCCAUUCUUGGGUGAAGUUUAACGUUCUAUUACUCUUACCUUUAUAUUUACCCAUCAUGAAAAACUAAAAAAAAGUUAUAGAAAGUAAAACCUAUAUCGCAUAAAUCCUACAUUGGUACGAAAUUACGGAUACGUGAGGCUGUCAUCUCCCACAAUUGCUUCAUUUUAUUUUUGUGCCUUGAUUGUAAAGGGAUUCUCGGAUCCCAUAGAUAUUUUCUGGCAUAAAUGAAUGAAUACAACAUUUCGUCAAAUAAUUUCCUGUGUUUGCUUAAAUCUUUGCUAUCGGCGCCAAUCUCGAAGGUAAAACCCGGGUACUCCUUCUCCUCCAUGUAUGUACUUGGAAGCAUUGGUGUUCCAAAUAAUUUUGGCACUGACUAUUAAUGAAAAAGCCACAAUAGCCACAUUUAAAAUAAGUGCAACCUGAAGUCGAACACAAACUCGACAUUCUAAAGAGAAUGGUAGAAAAAUUACAAUUGAAGGGUCAGGGGAAAAAAGCAGGUAAGUCAAUUGAUCACGAAACUGAGAAAAACACAAUUUAAUGUUAAAAACGGUACAAAAUCAGUAUGAGAGCUUAUCAAAAGACUGUUAAUAAAAAUAACUACAGUAUUAUGUUCUAAGAAAGUAAAAAGCGAGUUUCCAUGAUGUCGGUUGUAUCCAGAUUGAUCCAGACCUGAAAAAAAACCACAUCAAUGUAAGGUGAUUGUAAUAAAUUAUAUUUUAACUUGCAUUAAAUUAGUCACGGGGUAGAUUGAGAAAGAACUUGACAGCAGAGGGGCUACAAAACCUCAUUAAACUUUGCAAAUCGUUGAAUUUGGCUCUGGAAAUUGGCAGGAGGCCUAAAAAAAUAAGAUUUUGUUAAAACUAAGUAAUGUUUAUUUAUCUAGAUAGUUUAAAAAGUAAUAUUUUUCCACGCGAUGCUUGUAAAAAAUAUAAUAUUUAAUAGAACAUACCAUUGUAAGCUGGAGAGGGAAGCUCAAACAACCCCUUUGGCAAUGAUUGACUAUGCCGCGAUGCUCUAAUAAUGCCUGUCAGCAUUUCUCCAAAGUACGUCGUGCGAUAUUGUAACAAACGGCUAUGGCCAGAAGAAGCUUGUAUGACUUUGAUAGGCUGCGUUUUAAAAGGGCAUUUAGCGGCAUACUUUGAUAGCAACAUUGUCUUCCAAUCCAAUACAAUUCUUUUAGUAACACUGACCACAGUAAAAGGGGAUGGUUUUGAUCGUGAUAAUUUCACCAUUUCUUCGAAAUCUUUUGGUAUUUCCAUUGGUGCUUUUAUGUUCCAUAGACCAACAUUUUUAUCGCACUCCAAGUAUGAGUGUCCACGUAUAUGAAAUGCAAUUUUAAUGUCUGUGAGGCCAUGGAUGCGAUUGUUCGUUAAGUAUUGAAUGAAUCUAAAUAUCGUGUAGUUUUUGUUCUGCCCUCCUGCAGAAUCACAGAAAAUUUCCAAUUCCUGAACUUCGUCAUCCAAAUAGUUCAUAAUAACAUGAAAAAGGAAUGAGGCCACUUCGUUCGGUCCUUUUUUGGCAACGCUUUCAUGGUACACGUAAAAAAUGGACAUUGAAGGAGUACAUAGAAAGUUAACGUUUAUAAUAUACAUCGUUGGUAGCUAUCUGCGGCAGGGAGACAUUUUUAGCGAAAUCUAUGCAAAUAGCUUCUUUCUUUUUAUUUUUUCUUGCCUGGAUUUUGGCUUUCUUCUUAUGGUUGUAAAAAUAUUCCGCCCCCUUCUUAUGAAGAAUAUUGUUUGUUGUUAGCUGUUGAAUUUGUUGUUUAUCAGUUUCCGCAGAUAAAGCUUAAACUUUCGCUGUAUAUUCAUCACAAGUUGCACAAGUGUCCGUGCGGGGAUACCCAAAAGAAAUAUUAAAUUUCGUGUUGAAAAUCAUCCGGUAAGUAUCGUAAGAUACCACUGCUGCAGGGUGUAGGUAAUUCUUUGAAUAGUUUAUACAUUUUCUUUAUGUUUAGACUUUCUGGCAAAUAAGUUUUACCUGAAUCUUUAAGGCUAUAAUGACUCUAAAAAAAACUUUUGAAACUGUUGAUAUGGUUCUCAACCAGAGCUGCAGUGAUCCUAUUUAGCUGUCUGUGUUCCUUAGAAUGCUUACCCCUUCUAUCCUUAGGUGCACAACCCAUUGAUUUUAAACUUUUCUGCACAUAGUAAAUCUUAUUUUUGCUAAUGCCAUGUAAUGAGCAAAAUGCCUUUGCACAUACAGUAAUGUCAACCUUAGUUCUUGCCUCGUCGGUGACUCGAACUCUGUACGAAAAACUAGCAUCACGCAACUUCGCCUCCUCUUCUUCCUUUCGAGGUCGUCUCUGUGCCACGUGUCCUACAGUAACUAGCCCAGCCAGGUACAUAUUUUGUUCAUCGUGGGAUUGUAACUGGUUAAAGUAGCGUAAUAUCUAUUUUCUGUUAUGUUCAGAGAUUGAAUCAUAACACUUAAAUCGUUUGCAAUGGCAAGGGGGACCAGCUUCAUGUAUCGCAAGUCCUAAUUUUUUAUUUACAUCAGACAUCCGACCAGUUUUCUUCCUUUUUUUUUGGCUUACUAUGAAGUUUAUCACUUUCGUCCGAGCUUGACAUUACGGUAUAGUCACAAACACAAAGCUAAACAGAUGAUACAAAACUAACGAAACAAUAGUAAACGAAAAACAAUCUAACGGCUUUAACCCUAGAACGGUAUCGAUAUUUUUGCAUACGUUAUUGGUAUCGAUACGUACAUUUUACGUAUUAUGUUUUUAGAUCCACUUUUCCUUAUUUAAAAGUAAAUUUACUUAAUUUUAAAUAAAACUAUGUUAUUUUUAUUUAAACUGAAAUAUAAUAUUCAAAUAAAGACAACUUAAAUACAUGUAUUUUUAUAAUAAUAAAAAUAAUCAACUUUAAAAACUUAAAACUUAAAGUUUUUUUUUUAUAAUCAGAUGCACUUAGUGCACACUUUCUUUUGGUGUCGUCCGCAUAUGGCUUUCUUGCAUUUUAAACAGUACGUUGUGGUCAUACUCCUUUUUGAAGACGGACACAUAUGUCAAUACGUUCGGCGUCCUUUUUGAGUUACUUCAAGUCCCUCAUCUUGUUGCGGUUCUGGAUGUUCUUCUUCCAAUACUGUUUCGAUUAUAGACCGUAGACCUCGACUAAAACGUGGGUUUUGCAUCAAACGAGACUGUUGCCAGGGCUGUGUUAAUCCCAUAUGCAAAUCCUUCAUGUACUGAUUCCUUUGCACUGGAUUACAACCAUGUACUAUAACAUUGUGGUUAUAAAUAACAAAUUAAUUUAUACAGGCCAUGUUUAGGAUAUUAUAAAAAAUACACAUAAGCCAUCUUUUGGUCUUGCGAUUGCAAUUCAUAUUUUGACACAUCUGAUCAAAGGUAUCUAACGCUCCUUUUGUUGAGUUGUAUGUGUGAAUUAUUUCUGGUUUACUUGUUGUUGAAUUGAUAGCUCCUGUUUCGUGCAUAGUUGAUAGCAAUUAAACAUAUUUAUUGCUUUUAGACUUAUACGAGACUAUUGUUGCUUUUUCAGAAUAUCCAAACAUUGACGUGAGUACUUUCCUGUCUUUGGUAUUUUCUAUAAGUUCUGCUGGAACUUCCCGCUUAUUUUUCCUCAAAGUGCCCACUACAGUCAGUUUGUAUUGAUCUUUUAGCAACUUUUCGGCAAGAGGCAUACUGGUAAACCAGUUAUCCAUCGUCACAUUUCUGUUUGAUCCAUGGAUGGAUUUUGUCAAGGUUUCUACAAAAUAUUCCGCUAAUGGAAGACCAUUAGUUUGGGUAGACUUUCCGAUGUAGGGAGAUGCGUCGAUCAAAUAUUUUGUCGAAACGUCACAUAACAAAACAAGCUUUAUACCAUAUUUGGCAGGUUUGUUAGGUAUAUACAUUCUGAACGAACAGUUGCCACGAAAUCCAACUAACUGUUCGUCAAUAGUGACGUAAGACCCUGGUUUAUAUGAACUUCUACACGUAGUUAUAAAUUCGUUCCAAAUAUUUUCCACUGGUGCAAAUCUGGAAGCAGUUCUUCUUUCUUCACGGGUUGUUUUGUCGUCAAAACGUAAGCAAGCUGUUAAAAAUUCAAAUCGUUUUUGGCUCAUUGUAGCACGAUAUCUUGAACCACAAAAAGAUGUGCCAAACAUGGUAGUUGAACUAAGGUGAUUAUCUUUUAAAUUUGCAGCAAGAAUAUAUAAACCGAUUAGUGCCUUUACUUCCUCCAAAUUGGUUUCGGAAAAAGUUGCAUCAUUAGGACUGUAUUUCUGCUUCGCUAAAUUGAUUUGCUGAUUAGUAAAUUCUACUAUUUGAUUAAGAAUAUUGUUGGAAAUAAAUGUUGAAAUAGAUGAAAAGCUCGCAAAGGAUCAAGAAUACUCCGUAAUUCAGAUGAUGGGCCGGGUAUAACGUAUUUUUGAUGCUGUCUUACCGUUAUCAUUUUUUAGUGGUUUAGAAUGCCACGUGUAGCCAUUUUUUCCGAUCAAAACAUCUGUGUUAGCAAUCACCACAAGGUUUUUGUUAUCACUUUCAUCUUCUUUCAAAACCUAAACAGACAGAUAAAAUGGGUUAUAGUCAAAUGAUAUAUUACCUAGUAACAUAUUACCUGGAAAACAUCAUUGUUUUCUUUAUUUUUACCGCUUCGCUUUCUUUUGCUUUUUUUCGUGGCUCCACCUGAAGUUGAAGGGCAAUCUUUGCAUUCUGUAUUAUCACUCCAAACAUUUGACAAUGUUUGCACGAGAUUAGACUCUACUUCUUCUAUUGGUAACCAUUCUGGGUCACUAGCAUCAUCUAUUGACUCGGUACCGUCAUGGGACUCAUCGCGGUUAAUUUCAUCCUCAACUUCACUAUCACUACUUUCGUAAAGAAGAUUUUCUAGUUCUUUAUCAGUUAAACCGCGUUUAGACAUUUUACCCGUUAUCGGUAUCGACACGUAAAAAUGUCUGCUAAUAAUAUUCGCGUAAUAGUAUCGACACGUAAAUUUUAUGUAUUGCGUUUCCUAAAACAGCAUAUACCACACCCCCUGUGCACAAACAUUAACUGGCGACUAAACACUUCGCGAGGUACGAUAUUCACAAGAAGCUCAGGAGCCACAAUGCACUUUUGCUCUUUUGCUUGCGCACUUGUGAAGAAGAACAGGCUGAUUUUAUAUAGUUUAUUCUGUGUGUCUGCCGAGGAGAAAAUCGUAUUUUUCGAUUUAAAGAAGUUUUAUUGCAAGUAUUGGAAAUCAAUGACUCAAACUUGCCUUAAAACUUGUUGUAAAUAAGUCCCUAAUUUUCCAUUAAAAUAAAAACUAACCAAGUUUUUUUACAAAAUAUUUUUUUUUAUAAAAAUAAUGGACUUUCCCCAAUUCUUCAAUAAAUUUCAAGACAUUUUUGUUAAACAACCUAUAGUCUCAAAUAAUCAGCAAACCUUCCAAUCGAAAAAUCAAUAUCACAGUGUUCCGGAGUCCUCUUAAGUAGGAAUCUCACUAUUCGCUCACCAUUAUGGUACAUCAAAACAUGCCUCUUAUAGUUAGAGUAUUUUGAGAAUGGUUUGGAACAUUCCCUGCAAAAUACCAAAACACCAAAUACUUUUUUAGGUGCAAUAACUUUAGUUUUAUCUAAAAAGCAAAAAAUACAUUAAUAACCUACUCUAUAUACAGGGUGUUUUUUAGAUAUUGCGACAAAAUUCAGGAACGUGUUCUUUGGACAAAAAUUCGCAAAAAAGUUCCUAUAAACAUAGAUCCUAAACCUUUUAGAUUUUGAGCUACAGGGUGGUAAAGUUUUAACAAAAAAAUGAUUUUUUUUCGAUAAUUUAAGUUAUUACCCCUGUAGAUAUUUGUCCAAAGAUUGGUAUGCAGGGUCUGUGUAUCUAGAGCCAUUUACCAACACACUUUUAACAUUUUUAUGUUCACCAGUGGCGUGUGUGCGGGUUUUUCGCUGAAUACUUUUAUUAAAAAAAAUGGUACGCCACUGGUUUUUCUGGUAUUAAAAAAUAUUUUUAAAUUCCCCGUUUUAUUUGCAACAUUUUUGAUCCCUUGGACUUUGUCCGUUAGAUGCACGGUUUUCGCACAAAAAAUUAAAAAACAUUUUUCUACUUUGACUGAUCGCUAUAAUUUAAUGUAAAUUUAUUUAUUUUUUUUUGUUUAGGACCUAUGUUUAUAGGAACUUUUUUUCUUAUUUUUAUCCAAAGAACACGUUCCUGAAUUUUUUCGCAAUAUCUAAAAAACACCCUGUACCUAUACCAAACUAGUGAUGUAAAAUAAUCAAACAACUACAAAGUAAUCAUUUCUAGUGAAGAAUUUAAAAAAUGAGUUCCGAUUUAUGAAAUGUAAUGUUAAUUUGUGUUACUUCUUUACAUCAGUAAUUACUCAGAAUGUAUAGGUAAAAAUAAAAUAAACUUUAGUAAAUUUGAACGAUGAACCGCCUCGCCUGAAACUGACUUCCAAGUAAGAUUAAAUAGAAAUAAAAUUAACGAAACAUUUCUACUUACCAGGAUGAAAUUUUUUUUCAUGAGCUCGCAAAUUAGAACUUUUAGAAUAAUGUUUAUUGCAAACAUUGCAAAAUGUUUUAGUCUCCAUUCUAAACACUUUAUUCGACUUUAAUACUUUAAUGUUUGUAUCACUUGCAAAAACGAUUAAUUAAUAUACAUAUACGAAACGUAAACAAUUAACAUUAAACAACCGCAAUACACAAAAGACAAACUGAGGUUAGGUUCGUGUACGUACUACGUAUGCGCAAUCAAAAGAGCAAAAGUGCAUUGUGGCUCCUGAGCUUCUUGUACGAUAUUCACGCAAGCACUGGUGGGGGGUGAGAAAUAUCGAUCAAGAGGUAGGCGCUACACAGAAGAAAGAUAUGAAUGCGCACGUAAAUUUUACGUACGCUACCGUUCUAGGGUUAAACGCUGUUGACACACUAAUAAUGCGGUAGCAGGAACCGUGCCAGGUGGCAACGGCGGCGGCGGCGUUUCGUAAUAAUUACUGACUUGCCUGGUUUUUUCCUCUUUUCGCUUGACUUGCUUUUUUUCCCUUAUAGUAAAACUUUGAAGCCGUAUAUCGGCUGACUAGCAUGCUUUUUAUCCAGUUUAAGUGUUUCUUAAGAUACUUACGCUAAUUCUGAACUGAAUGCGCAAUAUAUGAAAAAAAUUGACUUACCUGUUUUUUUCCCUAACCCUUCAAUUAGUAAAAAAAAAACAGGACUUGCCUAAAAAUUACAGAAUCCCACCCAAAAAAUGGCACAAAAAAAUCUUGGUUAAAACUCAAAAAUAACAAUAAAAAACAAAUAGCACAACGGACGCAAAAAACGGAAUGAAGUUCAAAUUUAUCCGUGCUUUCCUUCACGUAGAUACGUGAAACCUUUCGGGCCUCUCAUUGGCUGAUAGCAAUCACGUGGUCUCUACGGAUCCAUAAUUACGUACCAAUGUGGAUUGAGGCUAAGGGUUCGCAUGCGUACUCUUAGAACUCGAUUAGAUGCGAAGACUUUUAAAUACAAAUUUAGGCAACUAGCAAAAUUUCGAUUUAUGCCGGUAAAGAUGGAGUAUAGGCAUCAUUAUUUAUGAUAAUAUUAAAGUUUUUAAUCGAAAAAAAGUAUUAAUCGCAUGCCAAUUACCUUAGGAGCCUAAAAAAUUACAAAUAAACACAGAAAAACUUUUUUUUUUGAUAAAUUUGAUGUAUUAAUUGCAAAUGGCCAAGAACAACACUCACGCUUUUCAGACGGUAGAUAACAUACUGCUGAACGAACGACUAUUGGAAGAGUUGGAUAAGUCUGGAAAAAUGGCGAACGCGUACUCUUAGGAAAUGCGUACUCUUGUGCGAUCCUACCCUAUUUAGGUCAAGGUUAGGAUAAUAAAAAAAUAUACACGGUGGUCCAUUUAAAAUACGGAAUUUUUAAUUUUUUAUAAUAGGUAGUUCUUUUUUAUUUUAACAUUUAAUAUAAGACGUAUUAUAAAUAUACUGACAAAUUUUUAACAAAACCUAAAUUAUCUCCAAACUAUGAGUUUUUCGCAUAUUGAAUAUAUCAUCAAAAAGACAAAUAAAGUUAAAAUGUCUUUAAAUACGUGCUGUAUUCCGGAAAAAAUUGUACCCCUGUAGCACAUGCAAACUAUAUUUAAAAUGUGCAGAAUAAAUUAUACAAUAGGUCAAGAGCAUAGCUACUCUGGGCACUCGCUGACUCACUCUGUAAAAGGGUUGGCAAUGGAACCACAUACUAAAAGUUUUGUUUAGAAGUGAAUCUCUGUGACUGGUUUCUCUUCAUCGAUCAAGUCGCCAACUUUAAAACUGUACCAACCGAAGGGGUACUAUGAAUACAAAUAUUCACAAAUGGUCAGAGCAAGGGAGCUUUUGCCUCAAACGUAGCAACUAGAGCUUGCUCCUUUAUUUGCAACUCGUAUGCUAAUUUUCUUGAAUAAUUAGUAAAUACAUGGUUUUCCACGAGGUGUCUCCGUAAUAUAGCGGUCUAGACGAGCUACAACUUAACAUUUUAUUCCCAAAUUAUAAUCAAAGGGGAGAACACUUUGGAAAACUGUUAGAAUUAUUGGAGCCAGUACUGUUUAAUUAAUCACAAGUACGAACUAAAUUCGUAAUUGAAAUUCUUUUUAGAGUCAAAUUAUUUUGAUAAACAAUGUAAGUAUACAGGGCAAAUAUGCUUUAAUACAUUUUAAAGCUUCAUUCUGACUAGGGCGAAUUUCGCGGAUUUUUGACAGAAUGUGUCAAAUACAGAUUUUAAAAUAUUCGCGGCGGGAAAUUUUAAGUUUUCUGCGAUGUUGAUGUUUAUCAUGGGAAAUAUCAUAAUCUAGAAUUAUUUGUUGAUGUUUUGUGUUGUGUUACAACAGUUACUGUUAGCCGUUUGGCACUGAUAAAAAGUUAAUUUAGUGAUGAAUGCUCUUAUUUACGAAGAUAUUAUUAUGUAAUUUUUUUAAUUCAUAUGUUUCAUAAAAACCGUAGACCUGCCACCUCCUCAUCUACUGUACCUGAAAAUGUUGGUACAGGGAUCUAAUUUUGACCAUUUUCUUACAAAUGUCACAAUAAAUCUACAAAAUGCCAGAAAUUUUUAUUUAUAGCUUUACAGAAUGUACUUUAUGUUACUUGGGUGUCACCAUCUAGGUCUUCAUAUUCCAUUAUUAAUUUCCUGUACUUUGUUAUUUACGUUAUUUUUUGCACAGAGGUCACACACCACAAAACAAAUAGUUAAAAUCUGAAUAAAAAUCAAGCGUUUAUUGUUUUCUAUUUAAAGGUUAAAAUAAACAAAUCAUAACAUAACAAAGAAAAAACUGAUAAUUAAUGACAGCUGACAGAAGAAAUUCGCAAUAUAGUUGAAUAUGUUUUAACUUUUUUACGAAUAUCCGCUUUUAUGUGUAUUGGUAAAAUAUGCGAAUAAAAAUUGCUUGUCAAAGAUGUAGGAAAUUCGCCCUACUCAGAAUGAAGGUUAAGUCUUUUAUAGCGGUGGUCAAAAGUAUGGUGAUUUUUAUUAGCAACAAAACUCCAAAGAGCAAGUUUUGGUUAAUUUAGAAAACGAAUAACUUGUCUCAGAAAAAAAAAUUAAAGAUAUUCCUAAUAUUCUCCCUGUGAUACUAUUACAUCAUUUACAUAGACAACUUAAAUGCAGCAAUUUAGUUUUAUUUGAUGGAAAACUCUUAAAAUUCUAAGAAGAAAUACCAAAAUUUUCAUUUCAUGAGAAAGUAAGGAAAGCUUUUUAUAGAUGAUUAUAAAUAGCGAACUUAAAAUGUAGGAAAUUUUAAAAUUUGACAAGCAAGAAACAACACCUGCAAUAGGGCAAACUAAUAUAUGAAAAAAAUUAUUAGAUAUCCCAUUCUUCUUGCAUUUAAUAAUUCUAAUAAUAAGCCGAUAUUUUUUACAAUUUUCAGCAAAUCAUAAACCACCAGUCGUCAAUCAAGCAACUACUAUAUAAUUAUUGCUACAAUAAUAUGGUUUAUAUGAAUAUCUGAACACUUAUAUCUAAAAUCUCUAUUGGACUUCUCUAAGGCUAUGACACUAUCAACUACGAAUUAUUUUAAUUCGGUCUUAAAUUUUAAUGACUUACACGUCUUAUAAACGUUCAUUUUGGUAACUUCUGAGUAUCUGAUAAGUGUUGUUUGAGUUUUUACGGUGUGUUUUAAUUCGAAGGGUUUCGGAAAUAAUGUCAAACACUUGUAAAAAUACAACUUCAAGGUAAAUUCCGAUAAAAAUUCUAGUAUUUGUUAUCAUAUGUGAGCACUUAUUUGAAUUAUUGUAAAUUGAUCUGAGAAAUAUUCAAGGUAUAAACGAAUUAUAUGUAUUAUAUUAUACGAAUUAUAUUAACAACGCGUCAUCAUCACACCAAGCAUUUCCAAAUUUCAAUAUAAAUUUAAAUGAAGGCAUAUCAAAUAUUCAAAUAUAUUUGAAACAAUCAAAAGCAUACACGGAUAAAAAAAUAUAUUGAAAAAUUUUAACCGUCAAAUUAAGAAAAACAAUUAAGGAGCUUGCGUUCAAAAGCGGCUAUAUCCAUUUUAAAAAAAUGUUCAGAAAUCGAAAAAACUUUUCAUCGGUUCGCCUUAAUACAUAGAGAUGGGAAAAAAAAUUUUAUUUGGAAUGUUUCAGGAAAGUUGUUUGAUACAAUUAAAAAAAAAAUUUGAACUGUCAAUAGUUUUAAAAAAAAAUUGACAUUUAAUUUGGAUAUAGCCGGCAUGGCAAAGCGUUAAAAAAUCUUAUUAAAAAAAAUUUAAACGCAAGAAAUCAUUAUUUUUAAUUUUUAAACUGAAACAAAAAAUACAUUUUUAUUGUAAAAAUACAACACAGACAAGAAAAUUAAAAAAAAAACAGAAAAAACAGAAUAUUUCAAUGUGAAGAGCAGCUUGUUCAUCUAAACAGUCACAUGGCUGAUCCUGUUCACCCUCAUUUUCUUCCAUGUCGUGUAUUUCUAUAUCUGGAUUACCAGAUACGAGUAAAUCUUUAUACCAUUUUAGGUCUGCUCGUGACAUCCAAUUUUCACCAAAGAGCUCUUUCAAAAGCUUCUUAAUAGUAGGUUUCUUUUUAUCUGGCGAACAGUUUCUGGGCUCUAUAAUAUUAAGGACAAGGUGGCUAUCAUCCUUUCCUUUCUUCAGCAUCUGACACGGCUUAAUAAAAUUUGCAGGUUCAAACCGAUAAUAAAGAUGAGUAUUCACCUCAAUCUUAGGAUUAUUUUGGUUUUUGCUGCUUUUUGUAAUAAAAAUAGCAUAACCGCAGAAAUUGGUAGUUUCUGUUGCAAGAAAACUUCAUUUUUCCUAUUUAUUUUAUAUAGAAAUUCUUCAUUUUUCCUAUUUUUUUUUAUAGAAACAGUAAUUAUACUAUAUAACGAGCUACAAAUCGACUAAAUUUCAUUUAUUUAUAACCAAAAUUUGAAUUUUGAAUCUCAAACCAAAUAAUAAAAACCCCUCAAAAAAAUCUUGUUGUUGAAAAACUGCAAUGUUGUUCUUGUAGUAUAUUACUACUUUUAAAAAAAAAAAUGGCGUUCCUGCAAUAUCUGAUGAUUAAGAGCUGAUCAAAAAAACCAAUACAAUUUUCCGAUUCAGCUUUCCCCAAAUGCUUCAGAAAAUAUACUCAGAGCCUUUUAACAAAUAUUUUUUUUCUCGUAGUGUUAUUUUUCUAAUAGAUUUCUGUAUGUGGAGCUUCCAUAUUCUAAACGUCAUAAUCUUCUUCCAUCUCACGUCCUCACAGAUGUUCAGUAUGGGAAUCUUUAAAAAUGAAGCUGCCAGUUUAGUUUUAGGUCAUUUUAAAUUGGUUUACCCACCUGGUCUAGAUAAAUCAGUGAAUAUAGAACAGACGCUCGUAACUUUUUAAGCUAUCAUCUAUCAGCUAUAUAAUGACAUUCCUCCUGAUCUUAAAUCACCGCUUAAUAAUAAAAUUACUGUUUUAGUAGCAUGGAUAUACACACAUCAAAAUGGUCUAGGGAACACAUACAAAUAUGUUAAUAUUUUUGAGAAGAUUGGAAAAAAAGUUAAUUAUUGCAAUUUUUUUACAUUAUUCGAAUAAAAUAACAGUAUAAUUAUUAACUUUUUUUGUAGAUUAUAAUUUACUCAUAAUUUAGGGCCCAAAUAAAAAUAAAGAACAAAAUCCAUUAUAAAAAUAAAAAUUUACCAAAUACAAAUUAAACUAGUAGCCAGAUGGUCCACCUCUAUUAUUAAUAACACUUUGGCAUCGCCUAGGCAUACUUAAAAUUAAAUUAUUAAUUAAUUCUUGGGGCAACUCCUCCCAAACAUGUGUCACAGCAAGACGAAGCUCCAGAGUGCUUUGAAAAAAGUCAAAUCGUUGAAGAAGUUGCCUUUUUAACCAAUCCCAAACAUGCUCAAUUGGAUUAAGGUCCGAUGAGGUAGAGAGCCAGGGUAGAAGAUUGAUUUGAUUUUCCUCAAUACCGAUUCGUACAAGCCGUGCUCGAUGUGGUGGGGCAUUAUCUUGUUGCAACAACGAAUUUGGGCCCAUUUCGCGUAAAUAUGGAACAAUUACAGGCAGUAGUAUAUUAUCCCUAUAACUUAUUCCAGUCAUUGUAUUUUCCACAAAAAUGAGGUUCGUUUUUCCGUCAAGUCUAAUGCCACCCCAAAACAUUAGUGAUCCACCACGUUGCCUUACUAGUUCCCGGGCAUGACGCAAACGACUUUCAUUUCCUUUCUCUCUCCAGACACGAAUUCUACCAGAAUCAGGAUAAAAUGAAAAUCGAGACUCAUCCGUAAAAAGAACUGUGGUCCAUCUUUCUUGAUUCCAAUUAACAUGUUCUUGGAACCACGUUAAUCUUGCACCUCGAUUUUCUAAAGUUAACUGAGGAACCCUUAGGGGUCUUCUGGCAUGAAGUCCUCUCUCAUGCAAACCGUUUCUAAUAGUUUGACCUGAAACCUCGACGUUAUGCACUCGUGAGAGCUGCUGAACCAAAACAGAGGCUGUUACCGUGCGAUUUCUUUGAGCUUGCAAAGUUAUAAAACGGUCUUGGGCAUGUGUGGUAACUCGCGACGGGCCUUGAUGCCGUUCUCUAACAUCAUUUGUCUCUAUAUCUUGUCCACAAACGGUUAAUUACACUGGGAGAUGUCUUCAAAGCUCUUGCAACGUCUCUUUGACUUGUUCGUGCCUCAAGCAUUCCGACUGCUCUUAGCAUUUCCUCUCGAGUUAAAUGUCGUCUUUCCAUUUUUAUUGAAUAAAAACUAAAUCACAGUUGUUCGGUUGGAACCACAGAAAAUGCAAUAUUGCGUUAGAAUUUAAAAAUUAUAAUCCGCGUUAUUUCGACAAAAAGUGCAAGUAGCAAAAAACGCUGUUCUGGCAUGAUUUUAUGUACCCAAAUAUUUAUUUUACUUCGUUGGUAUCUUAAUAUUAAAGGUAGUAUCUAUUCUGUAUGAAAAUAUAAAUAUAUAAAAAUUUAUAAGGCGAAAAAAACUAUUUUUCUAAGUGUUCCUUAGACCAUUUUGAUGCGUAUAUAAGUUUGGGGGGUUUAUAACUUGAAAAUCUCGUUUUACUUAUUUCCAGAGGUUCUCAAGUGCAGUCAAAUCGGGACUUCGGGGUUGCCAAUUCAAAACAUUCACCAAAUUAUCUAAGCCAGUUUUUUUACCAACCUUGCUGAAUGGGUCAGUUUUUUCGGCACUUUUUUCUUUUUCAUUAUUAUAGACAAUUUUACUUGGCAAAUGUUCAGAAAUGUUUGGAUUCGUGACGGACUGACCUUCUUCUGCAGGUAAAAGUUUCUCAAGCACAGCCAACCGGCUUGCCUAUCUACUCCACCCAUAUACUCAUAUUUUGCAAUAGGCAUUGGUUUUUCCUUUUCCUGUCCUCUUCUAUUCUUGACCAGAACUAUUUCGUUUUUGAAUUCUGUGGAUAUAUAAAGGACAUCCCUUUUAUCUUUCCACUUACCAACCAUAACGCCAUUUAAGUACUGUGAUUUAUAUUCACCUAAAAAAAACAAUAGCUAGAACUUCCAGAACUAUUAGAACACAAGAAAAAGUGACUAACCUUUUCCUAAUUUAGCCUUAACAACAUUUCUAUCGGCAUGUAGAGUACCCUUGCAGAAAGUUUUUUGUUGCAGUAAAAUUUUGGCCAACUCAAAAGAAUUAUAGAAAUUAUCCAUAUAUGAGGAGUGUUGGAGCAAAACCGAAUAAAUCCACCAAACAUGAUUUUGAGAAAAACCCGAAUUUUUAAUAACGCAAAAAGUAUUUUCUUUUUCUUUUUUUUUUGGUAGAACAUAUUAUUGGAGACGUCGUUCAUAAUACAUUCUACUUAAAUACAAUUUUGAAAAAUUAUUAUUUUUUGAAAUAUAACAAAACCAAAAAUGGAUUUAUUCGGUUUUGCUCAAAAGUAUUGGAUUUAUUUAAUUUUGUCCAAAAUUUUAUUACCAAGCAGCAAUAAAAACAUUGUUUUAAACAAGAGAGCUUCAUUUCUUAAAAUAUUUAACCAAUAUAUUCAGAAAAAAUAAAAGAAAAAAUAACAAAAAAAAAUUCUUUAAACAACACAGUCAUUAACUAAAACCUAAAUAUGGAGUGCGUAUUCUUCCUCCAAGCAGUCGCAAUCAUUGCUAAUAUUAUCCUCUUUCUGAGAAAUUUUCUCAUUAUUCUCACCUUCGUCUUUACACGGCAGUUUUUCGUAUCAUUCAAAUUUUUCUUCACUUGCCCACUCUUUUUCAAAUUGUUUUUCCAUCAGUUAUUUUACACUCUGAAUUUUUUUUUAAGGAAUGGUAUUGCGCAGCGGGGCCUCUGACAACGAAAAGUUCUUUAAAUUCUUUCCUCUUUUAUAGAGAUAUUUUUUAACUUCUUAUUGGGCUUCGAAUCGGUAGUGUUGGAAGCAUGCGAUUGAUAUCUUGAUUUCUCCAGUUUUUUUAAUGUGAUUUUUUUGUAAACGAAUUCGUUUUAAAUCCGAUAUUCCUGCAACUUUAUUAAGAUAAUCUUGUAAUUCCUUGAUAUUGAUAAUUUUACACUCUGAUCCUAAGACCUUAACAUUUCUUCAACUUUUUGAGUUCAUGGAAACACAGCAGAAUGAAUACAUACUUAUUUGGUGUGAAUAAAAUGCAUCAGAAAUAGGAGUGCGCGGUAGCGGCUGCACCUGUUUUAAAUCGAAGCAAAAUGUCAAAUAAUUUUCUGGCUCUUCUUUACAAUGGGUAUAAAAAGCUUGGCUUCUUUUCUUAUGAACUCUAUAUUCAGUCAUAUUCUCUACUUUACACUGAUUUUCAGCCUGUUCAUUAUAAAUUUGGCGUAAUUUUUUAACACUGAGAUUGGCCGGUAAAUAAAUCCUUCUAGAUUUGCUUCGAUUAUAAUGACUUUCAGUAGCUCUUAAUUUUCCGAUAAACUCUUGAACUUUAUCCCGUUUAUCCCGAAAAUUACGCGAAACUGCGGUAAACGGCGAGCCGGGACAAGACUAAUCAGAUGAGCACUACUGACUACUGCUAAAACUAUACUGUUAAACUGUUUUAUCCCGAUAACACAUAAAAUAUGCCGCCAACAGCCGUAAAAGGUCAUUACCUUUUUUAUUCUAAGUUAUACAACCCUGGUGCCAUCUCUUAUUACGUUAAUUAAAUUUUCUGGAUUUAUUCGGUUUUGAAUCAAAAGUGGAUUUAUUAGGUUUUGCUCGAUAACAUCGAUUUCCAUACCGAAUUUUAAUAGGGAUUUAUUCGGUUUUGCUCGCAUCAGAUAGUUUAUAAAGUGUAAUUUAACAAAGUCAGCAACUCAUUUUUCAUAAAAAGUGGAUUUAUUCGGUUUUGCUCCAACACUCCUCAUAUAUCGAAUGGCCGUGAAGAAGUUUGCCGCGUAACAAUUCUAAAACCACCUUUUGGGAAUGUCCUUUUCCUCCUAUCGCAUCAAGCUGACCAGUAUAUACCAACAUUUGGAGAAUAAGCCCAUCGGGUUCCGUCAACAUGUACAGUUUUAUGCCAUAUUUAUGGCGCUUAUUCUUCAUGUACUGCCGGAAAAUAAGUCUGCAUCUCCACAGUACCAUUGACUCGUCCAAUGACAGGUUUUUUCCAGGAUAAUACACUUGGUCCAUCUUGAGAUUCAGAAAUUCCAAAACAGGCCUAAUUUUGUAAAGGCGAUCAGCUGGUCCUGUCUCUCCAUAUUCCAGAUUUUUUGAAAAAUGUAGAAAUCUCAUAAUAAGCAAAUAGCGAUCCCUACUCAUGUAUUUUGAAAAACAUGUAAGAUUAAAUAAUCUAUGUUUUUUCCAGUAGUCUUGUACCCGAUUAAUUUUUAUGGUACCAGUAUGAAAGGUGAUUCCAAUAAAUCGAAGCAAUUCUGCUAUUGUAAGAUCUUUCCAUUCAGAAAUUCUCGAUCGGGAAGAGGUUUCUGAAUUUAAAAAAGUUUCUUCUGCAUAGCGAUUGGUUUCCAGUACUAUAUGGUUUAAAAAAUCACCAUCAAGGAGCAUUCUAAAAUCUCUUCUGCAGGAUUAUCUGGUUCAAAUAAAUCUUCAUCUUCAGAGGAAUCCGCUAAAAACAUAAAAACUUUUGAAUUCAAAGAAAAUGCAUAACAACAUUUCUUACAAUCGGUCUCUUGAUUUUCGGCAGAACUAGAACCAUAUAAGGAUCGGAUCAAUUUAGAUCUUGGGUGCGACUUGGUUAUUGAUUGGCGAACGUUGAUUUUUUGUUAUACCUAUGCUAUAUUUGAAGAGAACAUGUAAUCCCCGGAUAUUUUCCAUCAAGUAUGAACUUCUCAGAGUAUUUCAGAAAUUUUGUUUACAAUUAGGUGUGAGCGGACGAAAACCUUUUCCUAUAAGAUAGUCAAAGCAAAUUUCAUUUAAAAGUUACAUUGGCGACAAAAAAUCGUGUAUUUUCUUAACCGUCGGAUAAACAUUUGGGGUUUUUUUUAAGCGAAAACCGAAAGAAAAACCAAGAGGGCGAGUUUGCUUAGCAAUGAACGAGGCUUGUAAUGGUGUUUUUAUUUAAAAAAAAAACUAGUAGUGUAGUAGAUAGAUCUUGAAAAAUAUUCAAUGCAAAGCUCGUAGAUACUUAAUAAAUUACAAAAAAGUUAUUAGGAUUUGUAUGAGUCGACAGGUGAGAUUCAUAUCAUUGGUACGAAUCAUAAACCGAUUUUAGGCGAAUAACCAAAGCGUUUUGGGUUUUACCAAUUUCCGAUUAGUAUUUACCAAAACGUGUAGAUGCUGUUGGUUUUUAAAAAGUGACGUCAUCAACAUACUGUAAAAGUUGUCACCAACAUUAGCGGUAAAUACUCAACUGCCUAGUAGUUUUUCAUUUUUGGUUAAUGAGUAAUAAAAAUAAAGUCUGAAUUUUUAUACAUUGUACUUCAUUAGCCGAAGUUCUGGUGAAGGCACUUUAUUAGAAGGGAUAUAUUUCUCCUUCAAAGCAAAAAUUAUUUCUUGCGUUUCGGAAUAAAGUGACUGCCUAAAAAUAUAAUGCCUGUAAAUAUUUUAAAACUAACACGAAAUUUGCAGUAAAAAAAAUCGACAGCCAGUAAGCACAUAAGUCUUAUUCUUGGAUUAGCAAUAUUAGCAUUACAAAUAGAGAUGGUCAUGGAUAAUCAAAUUAAUGUAACAAAAAAUACUUCCAAAAGAACAAAACAUAGAUCCUAAAUAAUGUCUAAAUAAACGAAAUUAUAGCAGCUACAAACACAAGAAAUAAAUACAAGAGAUUAGGAAAUAUGACUAUUUAUAAAGGAAUAUUAUGUAAGAAAUGAGAAUGUUGUUGUUGAAAAAUUGUUUCUGGUUAUUAUUUACUAUUAAUAAUCAAUAAACAAUGGUUAAACCAAAACGUUUAAACAAAACCAAGGAUAACCACGGUAAUUACCAAUAAAUUGUGGUUAUCCGCCUAAAAUCGGUUAUAUAAGUACAACCCACCUCUACAUCGGUCCAUAAUUCUUUACUAAAACCCAGUGGAGAAAGUGGAAUCAUUAAAAGUUAAGUGUAUCAUAAGCUGUGGAGAAGUCAUAGAUAGAAUCCGCCUACUGUUCAAUCGUCAACGCUACAAGCAAAUCAGUUUAAUAUAUAGCAAAAUUAUUAGUAAAGGCUGGGCCCUUAAAAAAACUAAAGGGGCUAUAAAUUUCAAUACAUCCAUGAGAAAUUAUUAAAAGUAAAUAAAAUAGGGAUAAUGCAUAACAGCAAUUUGUUCUUGACCUGUGGAUUAUCGAAACAUUUUCUCUUUAAAACCUAAUAUUGUAGUUAUUUGAGAGAACUUAUCAGUUCCAUGCUUUUAGCCACCACUGUAUACGAAAUUUUAAACUAUAGUAAUUAAUUUUUAAUGCUUCUAUAAAAAAUGUAAUGUGUGUCAGUUUAACUUUAUUUAAAAGACGAGAAAUUAAAAAAAUGAACACGAUUACGGCCUACGGAUAGAUGACAGGCACAGGCUGAAUAAUAAAAAAAAAAGGUAAAAAUUUAUAUAUAAUAAUUAUUAUUAGGGAAAUAACCGUCAAAUCUAUUAUAUUGGCUCCGAAAAUCAUUUACAACAAAAUACACUUAAAGCAAGAAAAAAAAAAUGUAGUAGAUAUAUAAGCAAAUCGGUCUGAUCCAUAGAAUGUAGGAUUUUUUAUAUGUAUGAAAUGUCUUGAUUGGGACAGAAAUUUUCGCCCCGCAUUAAUUGGGUGGGAUUUUUUUGAUAUUUUUACGAAAAUAUCCGGACCUGUACUCGCAAACUGACUGAACAAGAUUAUGAUAGUAUGUAAUAUGAAUAGUUUGUAAUUGUUUCUUUAAAAAAAUAUGAUGGUGGUGAAAUUAUGAAUAACGUUAUUCUGUUAAAGUAUGCCGCCCCCUCUCCCCCCGGAAAUAGAUUUGGAUUUGCCAUAGGCCAGUUUAAACAGAAUCCGGAUAUUUUUUAAUUAAGGACCUGUAAGUUUAAACUCGAAAAUUUACAGGUCGGUCCGCCGUUGUAAGGCGUUUAACUGUGAUAUUCUUGUGGGUCAGGCCUCCCCCUAUUUGUAACUAUUAACAAAAAAAAAUAUUAAUGAUUAUGGUAUAUUUAUAAUAUUCUUCUUAUUUUUGUUUUUAAUCUAGUUUAUUUUUUCACUGGGCAAGUCGGGUUAUAGCUUUACUUUAUCCAUACUAUCUGAACGUUUCUAAAGACAAACUAUAACAUGAUGACGCGUUUGCAUGUGUUUAAUCACUUUCUAUUAGGGUUUAUUUAAGUAAUAUGUUUAAGCAUGAAAUUUAUAAUAUUUUUGGUGACAUACAGGGCUUUAUUUUAGUAUGUGGUCGAACCGCAAAGAGUGAUUCUAAAACAGUUCUUACAGCAUAUCCCAGGGAAACGUCUGAUUAUAUUAAACCCAAAUCAUGCUUCGAUUCAAGCCAAAAAUAAAGUGUGCCUAGACAAACACUUAUUUAUAUUUUGUUGUUUGACCCUUCGGGACACAUAGGUUAGGAAACAAAAUUAAAAAUUAUAAAUGCUUAUUAUAUAUUAGAUAUAAAAAUAAUAAUAUAAAUUUGAAUAUUUUAAUUUAAAUAUAUAUCAUAUUUUUAUACAUACAAUAAAUAUUUUAUAAUUUAUCAAUCGUUUUUUCCCUCUUUUUUUUUAAUGAACUUAUUACCAUUGUAAUGAAUUUGACUGUUUUUAUUCUUUGUCCUAGGGUGUAGAGGCCGAAACGCUUUUUUUUUUGUCUUGAAUUGGUUGACAGUAGGGGAAACUGUUGAUUCUUGGACCAAUUUUCACAACUUUUUUUUUAUUAUUUUUAACUACGAUUUUGCGUCUUUAAAUAUGUCAAACUGUUGUUUAUACCCUUAGCACAAAAUGGCAUUUGAGAAUUUAAUAUAUCUACUUAAAAAAAUGCAAUACAAAACCAUUGCAUAGUGUUCCAUGGUACACUAUGCUCGUGUACGUUGGUACAUGCAUCUUAUACCUUGGGCCAAGCAUAAAACAAUAGGUAGAUGCAAUAAUAAAUUGUUUUGGAUAAUAAUACAAAAAACUAUUACAUUCUUCGCCACUUUUGUCACUAAACUUUGAGGAAAAGCAUUAUACGCAUAAUUCUUCAUCACCACAGUCUUCAUUACCAGUUGAUAUAAGAGACAACACCUCAGAUUCCUGAUUUUCGGAAGAUAUUGUCCGGAGUAAAUGCACGAGGAUAUGCUGUUCCCAAAGUUUCUUGCAACGUUGUAGGGUCUAAAGGCUUUACAAAGACCUCACACAGGCUGUAGCUUGUAGGUAAGUGGAGGGAUAUGUAAGAAUUACAAUACUUACAUCAGAUGCCUUGUCAAGAAUUGCUGGGCCAAGCUGGGUUUCAUGAUGGUCUAGAAUUAACAGGGUGUGAUCAUCCUUAAAACUUUUUGCCAAAAUUAUCCAAUAAUUUCAUAAUCGCUUUUUCGUUUGAUCAACCUGAUGGCUUUGCUUUGUCUAUAUAUCCUACUGACCGUUCCAAAAAGCAUCCUUUCUUUAAAGCGGACUCGUAGAAAAAUCAACAUAGGAUGCAACGAAUUCAUUCAGUGCACCAAUAACAGUUACAAGGCCCUUAUUUCAGCCGAAGUAGCACUGUGUACCUGCUUUCCAACUUUAGUUCACCUAGUCUUUGAACUAUCCUCAGCCCUGUUUCGUCCAGGUUCCAAAUUUUAUCUGGGAAUAUCGGACCAUAUUUUCUAUUUAUCUUAAUAUUGUUGUAAAAAAGUCUCAACGUUAGUCUUGUUAAAGCUUCUCUUUCAGCUUAAACUAGCAGCCUAUGCUUAUGGAAUUAAAAGUUGUUUUUCAUGUCGUUUUAGAAAUCCUCUCUCAUCCAUUCUUCGUCGGCGAUUUUAUCAUCUUUCCAAGAAUCUGGUAUAUUUUUAUUAUUAGUUUUUGAAAAAAGUUAACUUCUGACGCCCUUCUUUGUUAAACCGUAUUGCAUUUUGGCUAUAAUUUAAAUAUAAGUGACAAGGCUUAAUUCUUCUCCAUCUGUAUAUACUUUCUUCACAGCAUAAUAGGUUGAAUAGUGAUACUCGGUGUUUUCUUAGUUGUUAAAUUUCGGUAGUUGCCUAGUAAACUUCUUUUUUUAAGACCACCCGUACGCAGAGUGCUUGUUUCAGCAAAUCUUCGUCCACUGGCUUGCUUUUAACACCAUGUUCCAAACACAACGUUAUCUGAACAACAGUUGUAUCUAGAACAACAUAAUAGUAUGUUAAGCAACUCGAGUCGAGUUGUCAUAUGUUGCAACGUCUUGUACCAAGACCCACUGACCCAAGGUACAUGAUGAUGGUUUGACUCGAGGUAAACUAUACAAUGUUCUCAUAUAAUACAAUGAUCACAUAUUUAAACUUGCUGCCCAUAUAAAACUGUCUAUGUAACCAAAAAGUCAGCUAUCCAGUGUUUGAUCUGAAAUAUUCCCAGCUUCCGCCUCAAGACAGUAUUUUCGUUCAACAGUUCAACAGUUUCACAAAAACUUUAAAAUUAAUUAAUUUUUAGCACACAAAAAUUACUUUCGUUCACCAAAACUGUAACAGUUCAUUUGCACCGCUAUAACUCAACUGAGAAGUUGUUUAGAUCAAGAUUGUGGACUGGGCCCGCUAGGAAUCAGCUACGCGAAGUGGUCCAAGGUACACUUUGGUCUAGGUACAACAGUUUUUCCUAUAUACAAUAAACAUUUCAUAAUUUUUAAUUCUGUUUCGUUGCACUAAUGUGUCCUGUGAUUUUUUUGUGGGUUUCAUUUUCUUACUUUCAUCUUCCUAAGAAUGACUUUAUAGAGAUCGAAACGUCGACAUAUUAUAUAUAAACAAAUUCUUCUUAAAGAACUUUUUUUUGGUCUGAAUCAUUUGACAGUGCAAGAAUUACCAUCAAACUAAUAUACUGCAGUUCUAAUAUAUUUUCUAUAUACUUGCAUAAUAUUCUCUAUAUACUUUGGGAAGUCACUGUAUUUACAUAGCAUAUCGGUGGUCUAAUUCUAAUAUCCCGUAAGUGUUAAUAAAUCUAAAUCGAGAUUUUAGGUCAUGCUUUUCUUGGUUUAAAUUAUGUUAGAAGGUAAAAAAACAACGAACUAACUUACAAACGGGUUAAUAGUUUACGACAGAUACGUAUUGAAAGUGAAAUAAUUAAAAAAUAUCAAUACGAGAAUGUGUCAAUAUAUAGCUGUUAAAAAGGCAAAUUAUCGAAAAUCUCAUAAUAAUUUUUGGAAGGAAUUGUUUUAAUUUCAUUUAAAUCUUCCCACUUCGUUUGAUUUUCUUUAGCCCUGAGUGGAAGAGGCCGACAAUUCAUCAUCCAAAUGUAUUUUAAAUUCUAUUUUGUGUGUAGUUCUUUGAACUAGAUACUUACCAGGUCGAACCUAAUUAUACACCCAUGUAUCAAUUACCCGUCCUUUUAAUUUCCGUUCAAUAAAGGCGUGAACACUAUUUGUCCAUUUUUCUAAAUAUUUUUGUUCAAUUACUGUUUUCAUUUUAAUGGAGUAGUUUAGCAAUGCAUUAGACAUGACACCAUUCUUAUUUUGGUAGGAACAACCGUCUGAGUAAAGAAUUAUUGGAAUCUUUUUAAUACACUUGUCUUUAAUAAAGUUAUAUACAAAAUUUGUAAAAGUUGAAGCAUUUAGCUCCCCUUCUGUUUCGUUAAACCAAUAAUUUGUACAAACAUGGAAAUCCAUAUUAUAGAUUAUCAAGUUGUGUACACUUAGCUUGGUUUUUUUAUAAAUGGCACUUUUAUUUGGCACUGGAGAGAUUUUCACAGCCUGGAUGUCUCCGUUGUUUUUUUUCUUACCAAGAACAUUCUUUUUUUCUUUCAUGUUCCUCCCCUUCACCAAUAUUUUUCGAUUGCUAACCACAACAAUUAUCGCACCUAUCUUUUUUGCGUUGAUAUAGAUCUAAAUUAAUUUUUGAACAUACUUGAUCAAAUAUUGAAUUACUUAAAAUGAAUUCGGGGAAUGAAUUCUCUUUACAAUAUUUUUUUGUACAGUUUGUAGAGAUCCGUUCCCAGUCUUGAACUACCUUCUUUAAGGCCCAUUCUCAAAAAAUAGUUAAAAGUUCCAUUACGGCGGGAAUUCUCUGCAGUAGAACUUCUCCUUUUGAAUACCUAUUCGAUGUUAGUUGUGACAUAAACGGAUUUUUCUCUUCAGUUUCGUCUCAGUUCAUAUUUUGUCAAUAACUACUGGAAAUACUGAUUCUUUCUUUUUUUAUUUUCUCGCAUGCCUUUUUGUCUUACUGAGCGAGUAAUUCCUUUUUAACAGUUUCAUCUCUUUUUCUUCUUCAUUAUAUUUUUAUCCCAGUGUUCUCUCAGAGCCGUACGAUUUCUUUUUUUAUUUGCUUCAGAUUGUUCUUUUAAAUGCUGGUCGAGUUCUUGUUGUUCCAGGCUAUGGUCCAUGCUGAUUGUUUCUUUUAUUUUAUCAUCAAAAAAACCACUGUCAAUCUCGUCCACUUCUUAAUCCGGGUCUAUUACUACUACUUCACUUUCAGCUCAAUAUUUAUUAUCUCUAUCUCGUUUAAUUGAUCAAUGUUCACACCAUUAAAAUUACCUUUAUAGCUUUCCGUUAAGAUCAUUUAAGUAUAAUUGAGCCAGAAAUUUGCCAUUUUUUUCAGUUAAUAACAAGUUCUGAUUGCGAGCUUUUUUAUUAUUGACUAGAUAAUCUUCGAAUAUGCAAAGAAACUCAACAGUAAGCUUAUCUAGAAUUUCAAUUAGAACAUUUUGUAGCUUGAUAUGUAGCCAGAGCCGUAUCAUCUACGACUUCCCCUGGCAUCUUACGCUUCCAUUUCUUCGUAAUGUUACUUCGCCUCGAAAAUAACGGAAUCACAGAAACUUGGUCUCUAUUCUUGCAGGUGGUUCUCCAAAGUUUCCAGUAGUGUCAGUGUUUUUUCCAAAGCAGAGUUUUAUAGCUUGAAUCAUUUUUUGCAUUUUAUCAAAUGUCUGAAGUAUUUCUAUCCAGAAGAAUGGAACAACAAUAAAAUCGAAUUUUUCAAUAGCUGCGAUAACCAACGCCGCAUCUUGCUCGUAUCAACUAUCUCAGCUUGUGUAUCUUGUAACUUUUUAAGGGCAUUUCUCCUCUGUGUCAGACUGGCACUUGACUGUAAUUUUUUUAAUUCUUUGAAGACCUCGAUGAGUAGAUCUCGAUCUAAAGAAAGUAUAUAUUCGUUCACCUGCGCCAAAAAAAAUUGCUUGCGAAUUGAUUGAACUGUCACUAAAUUAAGCCAAUGAUUAUCACAUGAAAUAACACUGGCUACUUCAUUUACAUUCAAUAUUCUUUUUUGCGCUCCUGUAUGCAUAUCUGCUAUAGUUGCUUGAUUAUCAUAUGUUCAUAUGUUAUCCAUUAUCAUGGAUUCCGCGUCUUUCCCUUUCAUAGGAUUGAAAUCAAUAAAUGAUGUAAUGUAUCGAAUAAAAUAAAUCGACUUUGUUCUCAAGUAAUAGAAAUUUUUCGGAUAUCAUGAGAGAAGUACGACAAUGAUUCUGGAGUUGCACACACUCUACCUACGUGAGCCUUUAGGGCUAAAAAAUUUCCUGAGUUAAUCAUUUUUGGUAAUCGAUUCAGGAUAUCCUCUUAGAUCUAAAUGUUGUUGCCCGAGAGUACAAAUUGCAGCAAUGAUACGCUCGAGAAUAUGUUGUAGAGACUGUGAUUGCUUUGUAAAAUAAUAUAAGGCCAAAUAUAAUUUAGUAAUUAUUGAAAUUAAGAAUCGAAUUCGUUGUCACAACAUUUUUACUGUAUUCAUUGGCGCGAAAAAGUAAUUUUUGAAUUUUUUGCAGAUACGUGGUAUUAAAGAAUUAGGCCGUCGAUAUAGUACUUAAUGUGACUGAUUAUUUCAUCAUUAAAAAAUUUAAUUUAAAUAGUAAGAAAACAAGUAAACCCUUUUCUACUAUAAAUGCCAAACUUUUCGUCUAAGAAUCACUCCUUGUACACACCCUGUAUAAUUGAACCUUUUGCUUUUAAAAUACGAAAUUUCGUUUGCCCAUUGAAAACUUUAAACGUUUAAUUUUCAACGAUAUUGCUGGCUUAGUCUGGAGCAUAGUUAAACAUUUUAAUAAUUCCAAAUAGAUUAACUAACAUUUUAUUGCUGGGCUGGCAAUUUCACAUUUACAUUAUAACUCUUUUAAUGAAAUUCAUUUUCGAGCUUAUAAGAACUGUAUAUGAUAUUUUCCCGACGUUUAUCUAAUUAUAGGCCCAUUUUUUUAUGUAUAUUUAUGUUUUGUAAAUAAUUAUUAUAUUGUUUAGCUAAAAAAUUUUAGUUUUUUACGUAUAACUGUAAGCUCUGGGUAACGUUUAAAUUAUAUUUUGAACAAGGCGUAUUAUUUCGAGCUGUCCUAAGUUGUGCCUUUCAUUAUUUUUUUUUUAUUUAUAUACAACCUAAUUUAGUUAUUUUAUAUUAUCAUUGGCCUAGGCUAGAGAUAGAUCGGUUCUUAUAUAAAUAAGACUUCAAAAGUCUUAAUUUUGCUUUUAAAUUCUGUAACACUCCAAUUUUGAUUUUUAUAUAAGGUUUAAAUCAUUAUGUUCUUUUUAAUUAUAAUGUAGGCAUUCCUAGGUCUCAAAACAGAUUUUACGUUCUAAGCUAAUUUCAUUGUUGAUCAAUCGUGUGUUUACAUGUUUUUUUUGGUUAAAUAAAUUAAAUAUAGUUGA